UAAGACUCCUUAGGGACCAACCGGAUGAACAAAGACUGUCGAGUGACCAACCGACAAAGGGGCAACCGACAAAGGGGCACCCGAGUAAGGGACAACCGAGUAAGGGACAACCGAGUAAGGGACAACCGAGUAAGGGGCAACCUAGUAAGGGGCAACCGA